AUGUCGAGCGAAACGAAUACUACUGCAGGGUCCUCGUCCUUAGCUAACGAAACGUUGUCCGUUACUACUUCCAAUGAUAACUCAGCUUUAGUGCAGGAAGAUUCCGCAGAAAAGCAAGCUCGCAAGAAACAAAAUCGACAAAACUGGAAAAGCCCAUCUAAGGGCGAUGGUAAAGACAUCAAAGCAAACAAACCUAUUGUUAUUUCCGAUGAUAAUA